GCGCCACCUUCACAAAACUCACCAAGUGGAUUUUUUUUGUCAUACAGAAAUCUUUCCUCAUUCUCUUUUAUACAUAGUUUGAGCAAUGGUACAUUUACAGAUAGUACGGGAUAGUGAUUGUAUGUCAAUUUUUUACCAUGGUUGAUCGACUUGUAAACAGUGAAGCUAAUGCUCGUCGCAUUACAAUGGUUGAAAGUUGCUUCGGUAGUUCUGGUCAGUCUCUAGCUGUACCUGGAAGAGUUCUGGUCGGUGAGGGGGUAUUGAUAAAAAUGUGCCGAAAGAAAUCUAAACCACGGCAAUUUUUUCUUUUCAACGAUAUCUUGGUCUAUGGAAAUAUUGUAAUCAAUAAAAAAAAAUACAACAAACAGCAUAUUAUACCUUUAGAAGAGGUUAAAUUAGAGUCCUUGGCAGAUGAUGCUCAAUACCGCAACGGAUGGCUUAUCCGAACUGUUACAAAGUCAUUUGCUGUUUAUGCUGCAACUGCAACAGAGAAACAGGAAUGGAUGGCUCACAUUACAAAAUGUAUCGAAGAUUUAUUACGAAAAAGUGGAAAGAAGCCAGUUGAAGUACAUGCUGCGGUAUGGGUUCCAGAUAAUGAAGCAACUAUUUGCAUGCAUUGCAAUAAAACACAAUUUACGGUUUUGAAUCGACGGCAUCAUUGCCGUCAAUGCGGUGCUGUAGUUUGUGGCCCUUGCAGUAAUAAAAAAUUAUUUUUACCAGGCCAAGGAAACGGAAAGGCUGUAAGAGUAUGUUUACAGUGUUAUGAUGAAGCAAACAAAGUAAAAUCUUCUGGUGAUAAUUAUAACAUUUUGGAACAAUCACGACAUUCGGCAGAUAGCUCCGGCGGUGAUAGUUCUGGUGAUGAAGAUGAACAUAAUAAAGACGAAAAACACGAUGAGCCAAAAUUUUAUUCUAUACUUGCUCAAUGAAAAGUAUUUUACAAUUGGUUUAUUGAAGAAUUAACAGACUUCUCGAGUUUACGACUUUCUCAGAGUAAAAAUUGUAUUUUUUUUAAUAUUAAUAAAAAAUUUAUGAAACAGG